UCUCAUCUCUCGAUACCGAUAGGCAGGUUGUGGAAUCUUGAUUCCCUCUCCCUCUCAAAAGACUGCGAGAGGCUGGCGAUUCCCUCCCGUCCGACCGAAUCGUCCCGAUUCACCACGAUCUUCGACCAGGCCCAGCAGCUCAGCAGGUAGCAGGUCCAGAUCGUGGAUCCUCGCUUCGCAAUGGAUCUCUUCAAGAACGAGUCGGUACAUUUCGGGAUCUGCCCAGAGAAUCAUUUCGAAUUCACCUCGCCGUGCUCUGUCGCAGUAUUGAAGGCGCUCAUACCAUCUUCGAUUGUACUAGUAUCUCUAGCUAGCUCUUUGCCGGUGCCUCGAGCUGUGAAAAGAGUGCUACAUCCCGUUACCGACAUCUUCCAGGACAGGACAUCGCUGGACAACAUCGCCCCUGCGCACGUAAAAGAGUCCUUGGAACACUCUAGCCAUGUCGGGCCCACCAUCGCUCGUCAGUCGAUCUUUGUCGGUGUGGGUCUCAUCGGUAGUCUCUUUUGGUCCGCCUGUCUCGGCCUUCGAAUCGUCGGCAUGGCCUGGAGCAAUACAACCCGUCAGGAGGCUGUCUGGCAGGUCUGGACUACAACUCUGAUCUUCGUAUCUUGGCUUUAUCUCCUCUGUCUGCCCCUCUUGAACCCGAGUAGGAAACCUCGGUACUCGGCCUUGUGCAUCUAUAUGGCACAUGCCACCUUGGCUACCGUUUCGUUGGCCUCUAUCUUCUACCUCAAGACGGUGAAUGGAGAGUACCCAGCGCGGGCCAAAGAUCCCAUCUUCCUGACACAGGAGGUCACCUCCUUGUUGCUUGCCGGGCUCGGCAUCGGCGCCACCAUGGGAUUGUCGGUGACGGACGAGUUUAUCAUUGGUGGCUCGCCCGAUGUACAAAUCGACGACAACGUUAACCUAUACCAAUGGAUCACAUUCUCCUGGGUAUGGCCUUUGAUCAGGACGGGUUACGAUCACGACCUUGCCGACAACGAAGUACCUCCAUUGUCGCGCUCCAUGCGAACCAAGGAGUCGUAUGAGACGCUCAAAUCGUACACGUCUUCCUCACUGCUCAUCCGGAUUCUGCGAGCCAACUCGCUCGAUACCUUUCUGGACAUUUCGUUGACCUUCAUCUCCGUGAUUUGCAACUACGCCUCGCCAUACUUGAUCAAGCGCAUCCUCGACGCGGUCACCGAUCCAACUCCAGAAGCGAAAGCUCGAGCGUACGUAUACGCCAUCCUUGCGUUGCUGGCUUCGAUAGGCAAGGCGCAAGCGGAUAUCUUCCAUCUUUGGCACGGAAGGCGAUGCAGCGUCCGAGUGCGAAAUCAACUGGUCGCGCUCAUAUACGACAAGGCUUUGAGGCGUAAAGAUACCUCUGGCGUAAUAGACAAGGAAACUACACAAACACCUGUCACCAGCAAGGAUAAGAAGAAGCAAAAGACGACACCUGCUCAGCCAAAGCAAGCGGCAGACUCGGGUCGGGUCGUCUCCUUGAUGGCGUCAGACUCGGCUCGGAUCUCAAACGUCAUUUCGGGUCUGUACUUUGUCGUAUCAGGCUGUCUCGAGCUGCCUGUAGCGGCGGUCUUUCUGUAUUCACUCCUCGGAUACUCGGCCUUUGUGGGAUUCAUUGUCAUGGUUAUCGCCAGCCCUUUGACAUCCCUUUUCAUGAAGAGAUAUAUCGCCAUACAACAACUAGCGAACAAAGCGAGAGAUAAACGUAUUACUAUCAUGAAUGAGCUUAUCGCCGCAUGCAAAAUCAUCAAGUUCAGCGGAGAGACGGAAAACUGGAAAGAAAAGGCUUUAGCGGCUAGGCGAGCUGAAAUGAAGCUUUGGGUCAAGAAUCUCAUCAACGGAUUGAUGUUCCACAUGGUCUAUAUCUUGGGACCCCUGGCGGUGACCCUUGUCUCUUUCUCUUGGUACAUCUUUGUCGCGAAGGGCAAACUUACUGUUGCAACGGCGUUCACCAGCUUGUCGUUGUUCUCAAUGAUCCGCCAACCGCUCAACACGAUUCCUCAGUUCGGCGUGAUGAUUUCCCAGGCGUAUGUCAGCCUACAACGAAUCGCUAGUUUCUUGGAAGAAGACGAAGUUCCCGACUGGGUAUCAUCGUUGAAGCGUCCCCCGCCAACGACGUCUGGAAAGACCGAGACCUCACGAAUCGGGUUUCGGAAUGCUAGUUUCAAGUUCAACACCGGGGUUUCAGCCAGUCAAGAGACUUCAAAAGACGCAAAAAAUGCUGUGGUCGGUAAUGGGCCUGAUGAAACGCCUGUGGAGGAAGAUUCGCUGCCAUUUGAACUUGUCGAUCUCGACUUUGAAAUUCCCACAAACAAGUUUACGGUAAUCUCAGGUCCGGUUGGAUCUGGAAAAACCGCGCUACUGCUUGGCCUCUUGGGAGAAAUGGAUUGCAUCAAAGGCCAGGUCUUGUUGCCGAAAGAGCCUACGCAGAUCGAUCCUCGGACCGGUCUGAGAAAUUCGGUCGCUUAUUGCAGUCAGACCCCUUGGCUUCGCCAUCAAUCGAUCAGAGAGAAUAUCCUUUUCGGAGAGGACUUUGAUGAGACGCGGUAUCAAACGACGCUUGAAGCUUGCGCGUUAUUGCCCGAUCUGGAUGUGCUUGAGGAUGGGGAUUCGACAGAAGUGGGGGUUAGAGGCGUCUCCCUUUCAGGUGGCCAGAAGGCCAGAAUCGCGUUGGCGCGUGCCGUCUACUCAUAUAACGCUCACGUCCUCCUUGAUGAUGUGCUCGCCGCAGUCGACAGUCAUACUGCUAGGCACUUGGUGGACCAUUGUCUGAACGGUCCCAUCCUCGCGGGUCGUACGGUAUUGAUGGUCAGCCAUCACGUAGAGUUGCUGCUUCCGAUCAGUGCCUACUUGGUUCGCAUGUUGGCAGGGCGGGUGGACAAUCAUGGCACGCCUGCCAGUCUUCAGGAGAAAGGCCUCCUCGACGGUUUCAUCGCAACUGAAAGCAUGAUCGCUCAUCGCACCGAAGAGAGUAACGAGAUGGAAACCGAGAAAGUUGCGCAUGACGACGCUGCGGACAAGAAAGCUCGGCCGGGGAGAAAACUGGUGCAGGACGAGGAGAGGACUACAGGAUCAGUUCCGUUCCAGACAUACAAGACCUAUAUCGUGAGGAGUACCUGGACUGUCUGGAUCAUCACAAUUGUGUUGUUGGGCUGUUCUCAACUCGCAAUCAAUGGAGAGAGGAUCUGGUUGAAACUAUGGGGCAGCGCAUAUAGCGUUCAGGGAACAACCAUGGGAUUCAUGGGGACUCGGAGCGAGAGUCUCGCAACGGACUUGCAUUUCGCUGCCGCGCAGCAGCAUUUCGUAGCAUAUCGUCAUCAGCCGGUUUCACGUAUCCAACAUGCCUGGUUGUCCUUACCCAGUGCUGACUUGCACCCGGGAUACUACCUUUUUGGGCUUGCCCUGAUCGACCUAGCCAGUUUCGCCAUCUCAAUCCUAUCCACUCUCAACACAUCGUGGGGAUCCUAUAAAGCCGCAAUCUCGAUUCACGACUCGAUGCUCGACAGGGUGAUGGGCGCAGACAUACGCUUCUUUGACACAACACCGUCCGGCCGUAUCAUCAACCGCUUUUCGAAAGAUGUGGAAACGAUAGAUAAUUCGUUGUCGUCUACCCUCAAGACGGUGCUCGGGAACGUUGCCCUUUUGAUUGGAUCGAUCGCGAUGGUAGCCAGUAUAUUACCGGGCUUCCUCCUACCGGCGUCCUUCAUCGGCUACGCAUUCUAUAUGCUCACGACAAGAUAUCUGGCCACCAGCCGGAGCUUACGACGGAUAGAGGCCACGAAAAGAAGUCCGAUAUUUUCGGGGUUUUCUGAGGUGUUGGAUGGCCUGACGAUAGUACGCGCCUUUGGCGCUGAGUCUUUGCUGAUGCGAAAGAUCUUUCACGAGCAGGACGAGUCUCAAGCCGCCUUCUACCACCUCUGGAUGUGCAAUCGCUGGCUUUUAUAUAGAUUCGACGCAUUGGGGGCGGCGGCAGUUUUCUUGACCACGGUUCUGGCGCUCAGCGGUGCUGUCGAUGCAGGGUUCUCCGGAGUAGCUAUCCUAUCCAGCCAGUCCCUUGUGAUGGGCGUCUACUGGCUCUCCAGGUUCUGGGGCUCACUGGAACAAGACUUCAACAGCGUGGAGAGAGCACAAGAGUACCUGGUUCUGCCUCAAGAGCCUCCCUCAAUCAUCGAAGGACACCGUCCACCAGCGUAUUGGCCGUCGAAUUCGAACAAAGAGUUUCCCUUCCUUCAAGUGAACAAUCUUACAAUCCGCUAUGCGCCAGAUCUACCGGCCGUUCUACAGGACCUGACGUUCUCAAUCAAGGCCAAGGAGAAGAUUGGGGUCGUAGGCCGUACAGGCUCGGGUAAAUCGACGCUGGCCAUGUCGUUGCUCCGAUUCGUAGAUCCAGAUCCAAGCGGUUCGAUCAUUCUGGAUGGUAUCGACUGCACCAGUAUCGGAGUCGACGACUUGCGAAGCCGGAUCUCCUAUAUUCCACAAGAAGCUUUCCUAUUCACUGGUACAGUGCGAGAGAAUUUGGACCCAUUUCAGCGUCACUCAGACGAUGAGCUUUUGGAGGUCAUGGAAAAGGUUCAGCUGGGAGGCGCUGUCGGUCGAACACCAUCGGAUAGCAGGGCCGCAAGUCGGGUCCCUAGUCUGGCCAAUCUGCAAGAGAGCGAUGCCGCGGUCAAGUCGAUCGCCUCUAGAGGACGGAUCACCCUCGACACGCAAAUUUCGCAAGGUGGAUCAUCGGUGUCUGCGGGUCAACGACAACUUAUAGCUCUGGCACGUGCAUUACUUCGGCGAUCGAACCUUGUACUGGCAGACGAAUGCUCUGCCUCGCUUGAUACCCAGACGGAUGAGGCUAUCCAGGCCUGCAUGCGUGAGGUCUUCGAGGACACGACUACCAUCACCAUUGCGCAUCGGCUGUCUACCGUCAUCGACGUCGAUCGUUUAAUCGUCCUGGCUGACGGCAAGCUGGCGGAGAUUGGAUCGCCGUGGGAGUUGUUGAACAAGGCUGAUGGCAAGGAGGCCGUUUUCAAGAGCAUGGCCGUCAGCAGUGGCCACUUUUCGGAUCUCUUCGAAUCGGCUCGAGCCGCGGACGAGAAGAAGGAGGAGAAGAAGCAGACGAAGAAUCGGUGUGUCUAGAUGAUGCAUGAACAAAUGAAUAGAAGAUUCAUCAACAUGUAGCAUGUUUCAAGACUCUCAGGCCUCUCAAGCUAUUAUAGUGGUCAUACAGGAAUCCAGACGAUUGACGGAUCCGCACCUAUCGUUUCCCCAUAGAGAAGUCUAGGGUCAGGAAACCAAUCAGGAUAGUGGUGAUGACGAUGGUGAUGAACAGGAGGUAGAGUUCAACCACCUCGCUCAGACCUGAGACUCUGAGGCUACCCGCCUAGACCCAGACUGUUGUACGCGCUCAACUAGUACUCACCAGCUCUACCGAGCUACUUUCGAAACCCCUUUACCUCUCUACAUGAUCAACAUCAUCCGGCAAACAUUCCGGCAGCG